AUGAUAGCACGACAUAAAGAAUUGAGGGAGAAAAUUAGACAGUUAACCUUGCUGUACGAUAUUACAUCGGCCGAAUGCAUAUAUGAGGACCAAGAUCAAGACCCAACAGGAUCGUUGCGGAUCGGGGACAUAAGAUUGGCAACCGGGAAGUUAGAAGAUGAUCCCGCCCAAGUACAGGACGACCUCCUCGAAAUCAAUCUGGGGACAGAUGAAUCGCCUAAGCCCAUAUACAUCAACGUAGGACUGGACGAAGGAUUCAGAGAGCAACUGGUCGCCCUACUCAUUGAGUUCCGCGACUGUUUUGCCUGGUCAUAUGAUGAAAUGCCGGGCCUUGAUCCUGAUAUCGCCGAGCAUAAGCUUCCAUUAAAGAGUGGGUUUCGGCCAUUUCGGCAACCUCCCCGACAAAUGUCCAGGGAAGUGGAUACUCUUAUACAGGAUGAGAUUAAGCGGCUGGAAGAUGCCAAGUUUAUUCGGGAAGCCCAAUACACCGAAUGGCUCUCUAACAUCGUGCCAGUGAUGAAGAAAAACGGGAAGCUACGAGUAUGCGUAGAUUUUCGGAACCUCAACCUGGCUACACCUAAGGACGAAUACCCGAUGCCUGUGGCCGAUAUGCUGAUAGACAGGGCAGCAGGACACACGAUACUCAGUUUUCUCGAUGCACACUCUGGAUACAACCAAGUUCCAAUCAGCAAGGAGGACAUCUCCAAAACGGCUUUUAGAUGCCCUGGGCCGAUCGGAGCGUACGAAUGGGUAGUGAUGCCUUUCGGCUUAAAAAACGCGGGGGCAACAUACCAGAGGGCUAUGAACAAAAUGUUCAGAGGCCUCGACUGCCUUGAGGUCUACAUCGACGACGUCGUGAUCAAGUCAAAUACCGGCGAAGUUCAUCUGGCCGACCUUCGACAAGGUUUCGAGCGAAUACGAUGUAAUGGUCUAAAGAUGAAUCCUCUGAAAUGCGCGUUCGGCGUUUCGGCUGGAAACUUCUUGGAGACCGAUGAGUGGAUAUGGACGGACGAGCAACAGAGGGUGUUUGACGAUUUGAAAGGUUACUUGGCGAAACCUCCGGUCAUGACCCCUCCAAAGCCGAAUAAGCCGUUGUUGCUAUACUUAUCGGCUGCGCACGAAUCCCUAGGAUGUAUGCUCGCCCAAGAGGACGAUGGUAUCGAGAGAGCAGUCUACUAUUUGAGCCGAGGACUGACGGACACAGAGAUUCGCUAUACCGACAUAGAAAAAAUGUGCCUAUGUCUGUACUUCACGUGCUGUAAGCUGCGGUACUAUUUGUUGCCGGUCGUAGUGUAUGUUUUGUCCCAGACCGAUAUCAUUAAGUAUAUUUUAUCAAAACCAUACUUAAGGAAUCGGAUUGGAAAAUGGGCGAUUGCAAUGUCCGAAUUCACAUUGGUGUAUGUCCCCCAAAGAGCAGUAAAAGGACAAGUGUUGGCAGACUUCUUGGCCGAUCACCCUGGUAUUACCCUCAAGGAAGAAACACCUGAUCGAGUAGACAUCACGUUUUUCGACAUCGCCGUGUGGAAGAUGUGGUUCGACGGAUCCAGGACAAGCCAGGGGGCAGGCGCGGGAGUGCACAUCGUCACACCCUUGGGUGCAUCCUACCAGUUAUCAUUCAGACUCCAGUUUGAAUGCACCAACAAUCAAGCAGAAUAUGAGGCCCUCAUAUUCGGUUUUGAGAUUUUAGCCGAGCUAGGGGCGAGGGCGAUCAGUGUAAAAGGAGAUUCUUUGCUAGUCAUUAAACAAGUGACAGGAGAAUUCAAAUGCGAGUCCGAGCUGUUGGUGAGGUAUUGCAACAAGGCGAAACACCUGAUCGAAGGCUUUCAAGAUACGAGAAUAGAAUACACAGAGAGGGCCGAUAACGGCGUUGCAAACGACCUAGCUCAGCACGGUAGUGGUUACAAGGUAAACCGAGAGUUCGACGCCAUAGAAAGGGAAACACCGAAUCUCCACACCAGAGGCAUCACGAUCGACGAAAGACAAUUCUCGGUUUACCAGCUUGACGUCACCCAAGAUUGGAGGGACGAGCUCCUGAAGUGGUUCAAAAAACCAGACGCCACGAAUAGGAGGUUGAGGACUUUAGCCCUUAAUUACGUGGUCUUAGCCGGCGAAUUAUAUAAGAAGGGCUUUGAAGGGCUACUCUUCAGAUGCGUCGGUCCAAAAGAGGCGAUGCUUGCUAUGGCCGAGGUACACGAAGGUAUAGCAGGCGCCCGCCAGGCGGGCCCCAGAAUGAGGUGGCUUAUCCAUAAAUACGGCUUUUAUUGGCCAAAAAUGGAACAAGACUGCAUAAGAUAUGCUAAGGGUUGCGAAGCUUGUCAGAAAUUCGGCCCAAUACAACAUGUCCCGGCCGAAGACCUGCACUCUAUCAUCAAGCCAUGGCCAUUCAGAGGAUGGGCGGUCGACCUGAUAGGGAAAGUAUACCCCGGCUCGUCUGAUGGUCAUACUUUUGUGAGUAUCGCCACUUGCUACUUCACCAAGUGGGUCGAAGCUAAACCUUUGAAGUCGCCGACACAAGAAGCGGUGAUCAAGUUCUUCAAAGAAUACAUCGUCCACCGACACGGCUUGCCCGAGUCCAUAACCACAGAUCAAGGGACGAUGUUCACAGGAAGCGAUAUAAGUUGGUGGGCCUCCCAAAUGAAGAUAAAGAUGUUGCACUCAACACCGUACUACGCCCAGGCCAACGGACAGGCCGAAGCCACGAACAAAGCCAUCAAGCUCAUAGUUCAAAAGAUGAUUGAAGAAAACCCAAGGCAAUGGCAUGUGUUUUUAUCAGAAGCUGUUUGGGCGAAUAGAACCAGUCAGAAGUCGGCUACUGGGACCUCGCCUUUCAGACUGGUCUAUGGUUACGAUGCGAUGUUGCCAAUGGAGCUGACCGUCAUGUCUACUCGCCGCAGAUACCAGAGCGAAUUGUCCAAAGAAGAUUACUUUGACAAGAUGGUGAUAAAUUCUCUUGACCUUGACGAAGAGCGUUUGACGGCGUUAGACCACUUAGAAGCCCAGAAAAGAAGGGUUGAAAGAGCUUACAACAAACGGGUAAAACGAAAUUUUUUUACGGUGGGCGACAUAGUAUGGAAAGCAGUCUUGCCUAUCGGCCAUAAAGACACUCGGCUUGGCAAAUGGAGCCCGAACUGGGAAGGCCCCUUUAUUGUGGUCAACAAGUUAGAAGGCGGUGCUUACUUGCUGGCAAACAUUGAUGGAGAAGAACACGACAGGGCGAUCAACGGUCAGUUCCUAAAACAAUAUGUUCCUAGUUGCUGGGAUGGCAUCGACCGACGGUUGUUUGGAGCCGACGACGAAUAG